AUGCAAUAUUUACUGCUUUGUAUGUUUAUACUUACACAUAAUUCAGCAUUUUCCAAAGUUAACGUAAAUAAUCAUCCAAACUGGUCGUUAUUACGACAAAAUAAUUGCGGCAAUUCAAACACCGAUAGAAUUAUUGGUGGCAAAAAUGCAAGCCUCGGCGCGUAUCCUUGGCUCGCGAGAAUAGGAUACAGCAUACCGAAUGAUGGCGCAUUAAGCUACAGAUGCGGCGGUACGAUAAUUAGCCGACAAUAUGUAGUUACGGCUGCCCAUUGCGUAGUGAAUUUACCUGAAAAUUUCAAGAUCGGUGGAGUUCGUUUGGGCGAACACAACAUUAUUACUGAUCCCGAUUGUGAGCAGGGAUAUUGUGCGGAACCAGUGCAAGAUUUUCUACCCGAAUCGGUAAUUCCUCACGAGAAUUACAAUAAUCCGGAAUACAAAAAUGACAUAGCUAUAAUACGAUUGGAUAAGCCGGUGGUUUAUAACGAACACGUGAAGCCGAUUUGCAUGAUGAGAGGUGAACUCCUCAAAAUGGACUUCGUUGGCGGAACAGCGGAAGUCGCUGGUUGGGGAAUUUUUGAUUUAAAUGAUCCGAAACCUAGCACGAUCCUGCAAACGGUCAAGCUGCCGAUCGUCGAGAUGGACAGAUGUGUAAUAGCUUUUAAGAGAUAUGCAGAAUUAUCAGAGGAGGAGCAGAUGUGCGUGGGUGGCGUUCCGGGCCAAGAUUCCUGCGGAGGUGACAGUGGUGGACCCUUGAUGAAAGUGAACAGCCUAGAUGGGCCUCCUAAAUACUAUUUCGUCGGCAUCGUUUCCUUCGGCACAAAAUCCUGUGGCGCUUCUACUACACCUGCUGUCUACAGCAAGGUUGCGGCGUACACUACAUGGAUCUUGGACAACGUGCAUCCAAUUACCAAUUGCUGUUGUCCACAUAGCCAACUAGAUAUAUCGACGACUGUGAGGGAUAUGUUUAGACGUUCUCCUUCAAUAACACUUUGGUGCUUUCCACGGCAACUGUCUUCUUUAGACCCGACUCUCGGCAAAUCCACCUUGGUCAACUCUUUGUUCCUGACGGACACAUACAGUACCGAAUAUCCCGGACCCAGUCUUAGAAUAAAGAAGACAGUUGCUGUGGAAAAACCGAAAUUGAAUAAUUUGCCGAUAAUGUCGACAAUUUUCCUAGUGUUUCUUAAGUUCCUAGCGUUGCUGAUCAUUAGCAUCAAUGCGCAAAACCAAAACUCGAGAGAUCAAUGUACCGUCGACGGCCAGGAUGGCAAUGUUGGCACAUGCAUAAGCGCACGUGAUUGUACAUUCGUGUCCAACAUCCUGCAGCAAUCGCGAGAGCAGGCAAUCGCCUAUCUGAGACGGAAUCAUUGUGGUUUCGAAGGCUCAAAUCCUUUGGUGUGCUGUGCCAACAGCGCGAGCAUCAGCACCCGUCCAAGCGGCGUCGUGACGAACCCUGGAAUUGUAUCGGGCUCGAAUUUGGAAUCAGUCCUAUCGCCUAUCGAAAGUUUCCAGAUAGACCUGGCAAAUAACUCAUUGUUACCGAACGAUUGCGGCCGUGACCUGACACAGAGGAUUUUCGGUGGCGAACGUACCGAACUCGACGAAUUUCCCUGGAUGGCACUGUUGGAAUAUCAAAAACCCAAUGGUAGAACGACAGCAUGCGGCGGUGUCCUAAUAAGCAAACGUUACAUCCUUACUGCUGCUCAUUGUGUCAAGGGCAAAGAUUUACCAACCAACUGGCGCUUGUCCAGUGUCCGCCUGGGCGAAUACGACACCGACACCGACAGGGAUUGCAUCCCGGACGGUGAGAAUAGUGAACCGGUGUGUGCCGAUGAUCCAGUAACCAUAGGUGUGGACGAACAAAUCGCUCAUGAAAAUUACCGGCCGCUCUCACGGGAUCAAAGUUACGAUAUUGCGUUACUGCGUCUCAGCCGUGACGUGCCAUUCACAAGGUACAUCAAGCCGAUCUGCCUGCCGUCUAAUUCGACGAUCAACGGGAAACUCUUCGUGGCUGGUUGGGGCAAGACGGAAACCCGCUCGGCUUCGAAUCUUAAAUUAAAGCUGACCUUGCCCUUGGCGGAAAAAAGUGUGUGUGAUCAAACUUAUGUCAGCGCCGGAGUCCGGUUGGGCUAUGGACAGAUCUGUGCAGGUGGUCAAAAAGGCAAAGACUCGUGUCGGGGUGAUUCGGGUGGUCCCCUCAUGGCCGUUGAGAGGAUCGCCGAUGGUACCGGCAAGUGGACUGCUGUGGGCGUUGUAUCCUUUGGACCAUCGCCCUGCGGUAUGCAAGGAUGGCCUGGCGUGUACACGAAAGUGUCAGACUUUGUUCCCUGGAUUCUCAACAACAUGAGGAAGUAUAUGAUGUCCGCCAGCUUAAUCGUCUUUUUCCUCGCUUUAACAACAAUCAAUGCACAGAAUGAGUGUUCAAAUAGUGAUGCUAAUUGCGUCAACAUUCACAAGUGUUCGCAGAUCAUAUCUCUUUUGACAAAUUCAACACCGCUUUCGACACAGACAAUGCAGACCCUUAGAAAUUUGCAAUGUGGUUUCGAAGGCACCGACCCAAAGAUUUGUUGUCAGGUAUUAACAACAACGACAGAGGCUCCAGUUUCAGAAAAUCUUCCUAGUCCACCAGAUGUGACGAACCAUCCGAAUCUACGUCUGUUGAAUUAUACAUUGUGUGGGCCAAUCACGGAUAGUAAACUUAUCUGGGGCAACAGGUCUGAAAUUUUUCAGUAUCCCUGGAUGGCAUUAAUCGUAUACGAUACUGGAAGAUCAAAUCCGGAAUUCCGUUGUGACGGAACAGUUAUCUCCUCGCGCUACGUCCUUACCGCCGCUCAUUGUGUCACUUUCCUUCCAGCGGGUCUACAACUGAUAGGAGUCAGAGUAGGGGAUCACGACAUAAGUAAGGAACGGGACUGCUAUUCGGACUACAAUGGACAAGAUAUCUUGUGUACCGAGGGGUAUCAGGAUUUCGGGGUGGAUAGCUUCCAGGUCCAUCCGGAAUACACGAGAACAAAACUGCAAAAUGACAUCGCGCUUAUCAGGUUGAAUAGUACAGUGGACUUCAGACCUCUUCAUGUCAAACCCAUUUGUUUGCCUCUUGGCACUGCAACGACAUUAACUCGAAAAAGGGUUGUAGUGGCCGGUUGGGGCAUGACGGAAUUUGGUCCGCGCAGCCAAUAUCCCCUGCAUAAGAAAUUGUUAUUAGUAGCCAACGAACAGUGUAAAGAAAUCUACAGACAGACCACGGAGAUCUGGUAUAAGCAGCUAUGUGCCGUUGACCUCAGAAAUACCUUCUGUUUAGUCGAUAGCGGUGGUCCCCUACAAGCAGUAAAUGUAUACAAUGAUAGGGUACGCAUGAUUCAGUAUGGUGUGAUCAGCUACGGAAAGAAGCAGUGCGGCCCUGAGGGAUUCCCCGGAGUCUACACCAAUGUCGCCUACUACAUGGACUGGAUUCUCAACACAAUGACAGAUUAAAGCGAGAUUGAAGCAUUGCGGAACGAGUCUUUCGUACAGAAUACUUUAACACUGAAUUUGAUCUCCAUGCUCGGAAUAUGAUGAUACGAACGUGGUAAUCCCUAUCGUGAUGACAAUAAGAAAAUUAAUUUGGCGAGGUGUUCUAUAAAUACUUAGAUAAAUAAAAUUGAUUUCAAAAGAUUGGUAAAACAAGUAAUAUAUAUAUUGACCAGAGUUUUGCUCA